UAUCAUAGAAGCAUGCGUGGUUGUGAUAAAAGAUAGAUAACAAAACAUCAUUCAUCAUAAUCAAAUUAAAGAGUGUACAUCAACAGUUUAGUUUUCAUGGUUUCAGUUCAUUUCCAGAAAUAUAGGAAUUUAUAUUUGUUUGUGGUCAUAAACACUCCAUUUUUUUCUCCUAGUAAUUACUAAAUGAAGUGUUUAUUAAUCCUUUGGUUUUGAUUAGAAAAAUUAGAAUGGAUUCAAAGUUUCAAUGAUUUUGGAUAUGAAGAUGAAGAUGGAAGGAUCUUAUGAAUCAAGAAAUAGAAAUCUUCAAAUAAUUGAAUAUUCUUCACCUUAUGAUGAAUCAUCCUGCAUGAAAUUAUCAUCAUUUUCAUUACCUUGGUUUGAUGUAAGAGUUUUUUAUGUAAGAGUUAGUGGAAUUCAAGUGAAUGAUGAAUCAACAUCGCGAUUUCUAUAUCUUCAUCACGUACCUUUAAGUCCCGAUACACUUUUAGAAAUAAACGGUGUUCGAAGCAACAUGAACAAUGAUGAAGAUUCUUCGAUUCUAAGAAGGGAUAGAAUUGAUAAGAAAUCGGAACAAGUCACUUUUGUGAAUACAGAUAGUAUAAGAUUGAAUGGUAGCGUGAAGUUUGAGAUUUGCGAUAAAGAUCAAUGUAUUCUCUCGUGUGUUCUUGAGAUGAAUAAGAGAUUUUGGAGUAUGAAUUGUGAAACGGAAAUGAAACCGAAUAGUGGUUUUUUCAAAGGAAAACAUGUUUCUGUUCCUGAAUUAGGUUGUCCUGAAAUUGAGGUUUAUGUUGCUGGUUGUUUCUUAGGAACACCUAUAAUCUUAACUAGGACACUGGAGUUCAAUUGUAGGAAGAAGCAGAAUAGGAAAUUGGGUAUGUUGGAUGUGAUUCCGGAAUACGAAACAACUGAGUAUAAGAAAGAUGUUUCUGAUGAUCAUGAUCAUGAUCAUGAUCAUGAUGGACUUGAUUUACAGGGAUCUGAGUACAGAAAGUUCAAAACAGAACAAGAAGAGGAUUACAAUAACAUGUAUUGGCAAAGAACAGGAUAUAUGGAUAUGGAAGAUGGUGGUGAGCUAUCAUGGUUCAAUGCUGGUGUAAGAGUUGGUGUUGGAAUUGGACUUGGCAUCUGUGUAGGAGUUGGCAUAGGAGUCGGUCUUUUGGCGCGUUCUUACCAAACUACUACUCGUAAUUUCAAGAGGAAGUUCAUAUAACCUCUUUUGUAAAAUGGAGUUUAUAGGACGCUGAGUGUGCGAAUAUUGUAAAUCUUAUAGUUCUGAGUUAAAUUUCUAGACAUAAAGAAAAUGGCCACAAGUUAUUUGUGGAAAACUUGAUUGUUCCCUUUUGUUUUGGUUACAAUCUUUCUUUCUUUUUGUUAAUUCUAGUACUUUAUACUUUUACCCUCA